AUGGGCACAGAAUCCGUGUACAAGAGGAGAAGCUCAAGGUUGAAGUUCUUUCAAGAUAUGAAUAAGAGAAUAGACAAUAGCGAAAAUGCCAAAAGGAGCAGAAAAAAAACUGAACGACCAAUUGCACUCAUUAAUGUGAAAGAUAUGGAUUACAGAAACACAGAAUUCUCCUUUGAUCAUAAUGGUAACCAUACUUCAGAUGAGGAAGACGAGAUCAUACUUGAAAAAGAAGAAUACAUGGACGAAGGUGAUCCCUCACAUAAAUGUAAACACUGUGGAGCAUGGCUUUGGUAUAAUGAAAGAGUGAAGACAGACAAAAAGAGGAAUGCAAACAUGUUUAACUUAUGCUGCUUGGGAGGAAAAGUACAAUUACCAGCAAUGAAAGCACCUCCACAAGCUUUGUUCAACCUGUUCUUUGACAAGACCUCUGUGCAAUCAAAGAGUUUCUACUCUAACAUUAGACAAUACAACAAUAUGUUCUCAUUUACAUCAAUGGGGGGUAAAGUUGAUCAUGCUAUGAAUUGUGGCCAAGGUCCUUAUUCUUUUGUGUUAUCAGGUAUGAAUUAUCAUUGCAUUGGUAGUCUAUUACCUCCAGAAGGAUGCAAGCCUGUGUACUCACAACUAUAUAUCUAUGACACUGAGAAUGAGGUUGCAAACAGAAUUAAUGCUGUAAGUAAACAUCAAAGUCAUUCAGAUAUAGACCCAACUCUUGUGCAAAUCAUUAAGGACAUAUUGGAUGAUGUUAAUCCGUUUGUUCAACAUUAUCGUUUUGCAUCUGAGAUGAUUAACAGUCGUGGAAGAUCUGAUCUGAAGAUGCGUCUAAUUAACUCAAGAAACACAGAUGGGCGUGUGUACAAUCUACCUUCUGCUUCUGAAGUUGCAGCAUUAGUAGUUGGAGAUUUUGAUAUGUCCUACAAUGUUAGAGAUAUUAUUAUUGAGGAGCUUUCUGGAAGACCAAAACGCAUCAAUGAAUUACAUACAGCCUAUUUGCCCCUUCAAUACCCAUUGUUAUUUCCUUAUGGAGAGGAUGGAUAUAGAGAUGAUGUUGAACAUCGAGAGGAAACUCUUGCAAAGACAAAGAAAAGGAAAAGGCUUAGUAUGAGAGAAUACUUCACAUAUAGAUUAAUGAGCAGGGAAAAUGAGACAUCAGUCAUUUUACAUGCUACAAGAUUAUUACAACAGUUUGUGGUUGAUGGUUACACUAUGAUUGAAGCUCAAAGAUUGCAUUGGGUGAGGACACAUCAGAAGGAGCUUAGGGUUGAGUUAUACCAGGGUUUAUCAGAUGCUAUUACUAAUGGCGAGAGAGAUGCCUCAUCUAUUGGCAAGCGUAUAAUUCUGCCUUCAUCUUUCACAGGAGGUGCACGUUACAUGUUGCAAAAUUAUCAAGAUGCAAUGGCUUUAUGUAGAUGGGCUGGAUAUCCAGAUAUUUUUAUAACCUUCACUUGUAACCCAGCAUGGCCAGAGAUCAAGAGAAUAUGUGAGCAUGACAUGUUGACACCAUCUGAUUCACCUCAACUCCUUAGUAGAGUCUUCAAAAUGAAAUUGCAAUCAAUGAUGAGGACUAUUAAGAACAAGAAGAUAUUUGGGAGGGUACGAGCAGAGGUAUACACAAUAGAGUUUCAGAAGCGAGGUCUACCCCAUGCACAUAUACUCUUAUUCCUAGAUCACUCAGAUAAAAUCAAAGAGCCAAGCGAUAUUGACAACAUCAUUUCAGCUGAAAUACCUGAUAAGGAAUCAGAUCCAAUUUUGUAUGAUUUGGUCAAGAGAUUCAUGAUUCAUGGACCGUGUGGAGCAAUAAAUCCUAAAUCACCUUGUAUGAAGGACAACAAAUGCAGCAAAUAUUUCCCAAAGAGGUUUAAUCCCAACACAACAAUUGAUGACGAAGGUUACCCUACAUAUAGGAGAAGAGAUCAUGGUCAUACUAUAAAAGUUAAAUCAGUUCCAUUGGAUAGUCGUUACGUUGUUCCUUACAAUCCAAUGUUGCUAAAGAUGUUUCAAGCCCACAUUAAUGUGGAAAAGUGCAAUCAAUCCACAUCGAUCAAGUAUCUUUUCAAGUAUAUCAGUAAGGGUAAUGAUCGAGUAGUUGCUGGGAUUUUUGAUGCAAAUGGAGGUUUUCUAGAUGAAAUUCAACAAUACUAUAACUUCAGAUACAUUUCCGCAUGUGAAGCUACUUGGAGGAUAUUUGGGUUUGACAUACACCAUAGACAUCCUUCUAUUGAGAGGUUGAGCUACCAUCUACCAAACCAACAGCUUGUGAUUUAUUCAAACAAUGAUGAUGUCACAAAUUUACUUAAUAAACCACGUGUGUGCGAGUCACAGUUUCUAGCAUGGAUGAAGACCAAUCAAGAAGGGGGAUUAGCAAGAACUCUUACUUAUGCUGAAUUCCCGAAUCAUUUUGUUUACCAUAGAGAUAAACGAGAAUGGAGACCUAGGAAGAAAGGAUUCUCAGUUGGAAGGAUCACGAACGCUUCACCAUCAUCAGGUGAACUGUACUAUUUGCGUAUCCUGCUAACAAAAGUGAGAGGACCAAGAUCAUAUGAGGAGAUAAGGACUGUAAAUGAUGUAUUGUACCCAACAUUUCGUGAAGCAUGCUUUGCACUUGGUUUAUUAGAUGACGACAAAGAGUUCAUUUGUGCUAUCAAGGAAGCAGCUAUAUGGGCAACAGGAACAUCAUUACGCAAAAUGUUUGUCAGCAUGCUCCUUAGUGGUUGCCUCAGUCGUCCUGAUUUAGUCUGGCAAGGAACGUCUAAAGUGCUAUCGGAGGAUUUGCUCUACAUUCCACAUGGUCAUCCUAAUAUCUCAAGGCAAUUGGUUACAUUGGAUCAAAAGGAACAAGUCGCAUUAAGAGAUAUUGAGAAGCUUUUGCAAGCAAAUGGUAAGAGUCUGCUUGAUUUUCCUUCCCUACCGUUACCAUUAGAUACCCCAACGAUUGAUGUAAGCAAUCAUCUUAUACUCCAAGAACUAAACUACAACAAAGAGGACUUACAACAUGAAGCUACGAGAUUAGUAAAUGCAUUGAAUGAUGAGCAGAGAAAGAUAUUUGAUAAAGUGAUGAGUUCAAUUGCAGAAUCUUCAGGUUGUUUCUUCUUUGUGUAUGGUUAUGGUGGGACAGGGAAGACCUUCUUAUGGAAUGCUUUGACGUCAUCAUUACGUGCUAAAGGAGAAAUAGUCAUAACUGUGGCAUCAAGUGGAAUAGCAGCAACAUUGCUGCCAGGUGGUAGGACUGCUCAUUCAAGGUUUGCUAUUCCUAUUCAGGUAAAUGAGUUCUCAGUUUGUGCAAUUAAGCAAAAUUCACCUCUAGCUAAUCUAAUCCAGAGUGCAAAGUUAAUUAUAUGGGAUGAAGCACCAAUGAUUCAACGUUACUGUAUCGAAGCAGUGGAUCGUAGCUUCAAAGAUAUCAUGCAUUCCAAUAAACCUUUUGGAGGGAAAUGUAUGUUAAUGGGGGGUGAUUUUCGUCAAAUAUUACCAGUAAUACCAAAAGGAACAAGAGCUGUUGUUGUUAAUGCAAGUAUUAGUUCUUCACACCUAUGGCGUCACUGCACAAUCUUCAAGUUGACCAAGAACAUGCGUUUAACGUCCUCUUCAGGAGAUGGUCAGAUCCAAAUACAAAAGUUCUCAAACUGGUUGUUAGAAGUUGGUGAUGGCAAGAUUGGUCUUCCUCAUGAUGGAGUUGUACAGAUAGAAAUUCCGAAGGAAAUCUUGAUAAGCAAAUACACAAAUGCAAUGGAAGCUAUUGUUUCUGCAACAUAUGGUGAUUUAGUAUACAAUUUUGGCAACCAGGAUUUCUUUAGUGAUAGAGCUAUACUUGCUCCAACCAUCGAUCAUGUGAACCAGCUCAAUGAGUACAUGUGCCAAAUGUUACCUGGUGAAUCAUACGAGUACCUAAGUUGUGAUACAGUAUGCAAAUCAAGUGAAGAUACUGAUUGUUUUGAGAACUUGUAUACCACAGAGUUCCUCAAUACAAUUAAUAGCUCUGGAUUGCCACCACACAAGUUAAUCCUUAAAGUUGGUGCACCUAUUAUGUUAUUAAGGAAUAUUGAUCAAGCAGCAGGUUUAUGUAAUGGGACACGAUUGAUAGUGUCUCAUCUAGGCAAGAAUGUCAUUGAAGGAGUAACUUUGAAUGGGUGCAGUAUAAGCCAAAAAGUCCUCUUACAUAGGAUGGAUAUGAAUCCCUCAGAAAGUAGAUGGCCAUUUCGCUUAAGGAGGAGACAAUUCCCAGUGACUUUGUCAUUUGCAAUGACUAUAAACAAAAGUCAAGGACAAUCGUUAAAGAAUGUUGGGUUAUAUUUGACUAAGCCUGUUUUCUCGCAUGGUCAGCUUUAUGUUGCCUUAUCUCGUGUCAAGUCAAUCGAUGGUUUGAAAGUUGUGGUUGAUGAGAACGGUGGUUGCUGUCAAAACACAACAAUCAAUGUUGUUUAUAGGGAGAUAUUUAACAACUUGCCUUGA